GCGGCAGCGGCAUCGCCUGCCGCCCCUUUCCUGCUGGCCUGGCGGCGGCUGGUGCCGCGGCUGCAGCACUGGGCGGGCGGGAGGAUGCGGCGCAAGUCUCGGCUGCUGCUCUGCUUCGCCUUCCUCUGGGUGCUCGGCAUCGCCUACUACAUGUACUCCGGGGGCAGCGCCGCCCUCGCCGGCGGAGGAAGGAAGGAGGAUCCAAAUAGUAUUUCAUUAAACAAAAAAGAUCAACGCAAUAAUAAUGGAGAUGAGAAAUCACAAAGCAUGGAGACCCUACCUCCAGGAAAGGUUAGGUGGCAAGACUUUGACCAGGAAGCCUAUGUUGGAGUUACCAUGGUCAAAGCUGGCCAAGACCCAUAUGCUCGUAAUAAGUUUAAUCAAGUGGAGAGUGAUAAACUGCGCAUGGACAGAAACGUACAAGACACUAGACAUGAUCAGUGCCAGAGAAAACAGUGGAGGAUAGACCUGCCAGCAACUAGUGUGGUAAUCACUUUUCAUAAUGAGGCACGGUCGGCUUUGCUUCGAACAGUUGUCAGUGUUCUCAAGAAAAGUCCACCUCAUCUUAUCAAAGAGAUCAUUUUGGUAGAUGACUACAGUAAUGAUCCUGAAGACGGUUCUCUCUUGGGAAAAAUUGAAAAAGUACGGAUACUUAGAAAUGAUCGCAGGGAAGGUUUGAUGCGCUCUCGUGUUCGUGGGGCAGAUGCAGCACAGGCUAAAGUACUGACAUUCUUGGAUAGUCAUUGUGAAUGCAAUGAGCGCUGGUUGGAGCCUCUUCUGGAGAGGGUCGCUGAGGACAGGACCCGAGUGGUGUCUCCUAUAAUUGAUGUGAUUAAUAUGGACAAUUUCCAAUACGUGGGGGCAUCAGCUGAUUUAAAAGGCGGCUUUGAUUGGAAUCUGGUAUUUAAGUGGGAUUACAUGACACCGGAACAGAGAAGAGCACGGCAAGGAAACCCAGUCGCUCCCAUAAAAACACCAAUGAUCGCUGGCGGGCUUUUUGUGAUGGAUAAGCUUUACUUCGAAGAACUGGGAAAAUACGAUAUGAUGAUGGAUGUAUGGGGUGGAGAAAAUCUAGAGAUUUCAUUCCGUGUGUGGCAAUGUGGUGGAAGCCUUGAAAUAAUCCCAUGUAGCAGGGUUGGCCAUGUGUUUCGCAAGCAACAUCCUUAUACCUUCCCAGGAGGAAGCGGUACUGUUUUUGCAAGAAAUACACGUAGAGCAGCAGAAGUCUGGAUGGAUGAAUACAAAAACUUCUAUUAUGCAGCAGUGCCUUCAGCCAGAAAUGUACCUUAUGGCAAUAUUCAAAGCCGAUUGGAGUUGAAAAAGAGACUUAACUGCAGACCAUUCAAGUGGUAUCUUGAAAAUGUGUACCCUGAGUUAAGGGUACCUGAUCACCAAGAUAUAGCUUUUGGGGCCUUGCAGCAAGGAACUAAUUGCCUUGACACUUUAGGCCAUUUUGCAGAUGGCGUUGUUGGCGUCUAUGAAUGUCAUAAUGCUGGGGGCAACCAGGAAUGGGCCUUAACAAAGGACAAGUCGGUGAAACACAUGGAUUUGUGCCUUACUGUUGUAGACCGAGCUCCUGGCUCACUCAUAAAACUUCAGGGCUGUAGAGAAAACGAUGGUAGACAGAAAUGGGAACAAAUUGAAAGCAAUGCCAAACUGAGGCACGUGGGCAGUAACCUGUGUUUAGACAGCCGAAAUGCCAAAAAUGGUGGCCUGACUGUUGAAGUUUGCAAUCCUUCGCUAUCACAGCAGUGGAAAUUCACACUUAAUCUACAGCAGUAGAAGGGCUUGCACAGAAAUACUGUCUCAUUUCCUAAACCUUGGGCAACAUUUUGAUUGCAUUACUGAUAACUUUAUAUACCUCAGUAUUCCAUCUUUGUCUGAAAGCAAAGUGAACAAAAGGGAAGCAAGUGAACUGGGGACCCUGCCAUUGUCUGACCAGAUGUAGCUGCAGCACAGCUCUCUCACUCCCUUCCACCACAAAGGCUGACCAGUUCCUUUCCAGCUUCAAGCUAGUACUUACACAGCAGAUGGUUAAUAUCCCUAGGAACCACAGGUGUACAGUAGGAAACUGCUUUCCACACACACAGAAAGGGAGGGAGGGGAGGGAAUCAUUGGGAGGGAAGUAAAUUGCUUGGAGAAGAUCAUUGGCAGUCUCCAUUUUACAUAGAAAUCGGUGUUUGUGGUUUCCAGAAAUCAAAGAAUCAUUUUGAAGGUUUUACCAUGUGUACUUUGUAUAUUUGACCAUGGACUUUUCUAUGACAGGACUCUAAACAUAAACAUUAUAUAUAAAUAUAUAUAUAUUGUCAAACUUUACAACUUUUUAUCAAUUUUUCCAUCAUCCUGUAAUUUAUCAACAAAGCAUUUUAACGCUUUACCGAAAAGUGGAUGGGACAUGUUGUAAUUGAGGAACAAAGCUCUGUGAAGACGCAGGUCUGUGCUGCUGAGUUGAGUUCAUGCAAACACUGGAUGCUUUUGCUUUGUAAAGUAUGCCUACUCUGUGCUUCGUCCUCCUGGGAAACACCAGGCCUCUGUAGAAGGGGCGAUUGAAUGGCCGAAAGGGGCUUGCACGCUUCAUCUCACCAGCAUUGUCACCUCCAGUUGAGGAAUUCAUGCCAUGUGCUCUGGGUCUCUGUAAACUUGGUCUUUGUGUUGGACAAUUCUAGACUACUUUUGUCUUACAGGAAUAGUUUGCUCUUUAAACAAAAAUACAGGAAUAAUGCAGCUGUGAGGGUUUAGUCCUUAGAUGGUAUUCACAGUAUGAUUUUCUUUUCUCCUUUCUUUGCCUCUUAAAAUGUCGUCAGAAUGACAGAUAGCACAAGACCACAGUAGCCUUCUUGUGGAAGCAUGAGCAGCUAGCUACUAAAGAUCAGCCUUGAAGCUGUUAAUGCACCUGCUCUUGGUUUUAUCGUGAUUUAGGGUUUCUCUUUUGUCUGUCUCCUAACUAGUGCUUCAGAAUGGGCUGUAGGACUGCAGCGUGGGCGCAAGUAGUACAUUGAAAGCAGUCAUUUCAGUCCAGUGCUAUUUUUAUAUCAAAAUAAUGUCAGAGGUGGCUGCCACUUUUGACUGUUUUCUUUCCACCCCUCUGGCUAGGCCUAGGCUUCUGAAAAAGUCUUUAUGUAAGAUUUUAAAAUAGAAAAUGAAAGUAGUCUCCCUAAGAUGCCCUCUGGUGAUUACAAAAGGACAAAGACAAAUGAUUAUGCAAUCAUGUCUUGACAGUAUUCUCCUUGGACUGUGUGCGUCUGAGAGUAUCUCGGAUAAGCUGCAUUUUCCCUGACAGCUGCAGUGUUUGCAACAUAAACAUGAGCAUCUCUCCAUGCAAAUAAAGACUUGAAAUGUUAGUCCCCUGUCUCAAAUAGGCAGGUAUACAUUUGGAUUUAUAUGGCAUGCUUGUGAUCUCUGCAGGUACAGUUUUGAGAUGUUGUAUGAACAUAAAAUGGUUUGGCCCUCUAGCACUUUUUCCUUUGGGCGAAGAGUGUGAAAUGUAUCUUCCUUCCUCUCAAAUUUUCAUCUCCGUAUUGAAAACUCACGUAUAUUCUGCUCAAAUAUGAUCUUGACAGCAGAAAAAAGAAACUAUUUUUCUUCUUUAGCAUCUCAAGACUUGAGAUGAAGAUGACAAUUGAAGUGAAAUGAAGUCAUUACUUUGAGGGGGGAAUUGGAACUGGACUUUUAGCUAGACAACAAAAUAUAUAAUCCAAUGCUUCUGGGAGAAAAAUCAAGCUAUAUGUGAUUCAGAAGCCUGACAGUCAUACCAGCUGUUGUUUGCUGGAGUUCUAGAAGUUGGUACCGUACCAGAUUCAUUAGUAAAUUUUGUAACAUCUCCCUAUUCCAGAAGAGUUUUAAUGCCAGCUGUGUUUUGUAAAUGGGAAAAGUUUUUUCCCCAGGUUCUAGAGAUGUUAGACAGAAAUGAUCUCCAUCUUGAGACUGUACGCUGUAGUUGGUAUUGUUGGGUGGUCCCUUGGUCAGAACACAAACAGUGAUAUGAUGUUAGCUAUGUUUACAUGACACAGUGUGCCAAAGUUAUUUACUGUGAUUUUGUUCUUUACAAAUAAAAAGUGUAUGGAUUUCAGGUGCAGGGCACCAAGACUGUCACACACAACCUCUGAGCAGUGGGGUAUCCUAAGGAGUCCUGUUCAGAAACCUUUGAAGUGAAGUGAGGGUAUGAAAUGGCAGCCAAUGGUGGAGAAUAACUUUAGACGUUUAAAAUAGCCAAAUACUUUCCUCUCCCCUCCCCUUCCCCCAAAUAAAUUGCAAUGCAAUGUCGUCUUUGUUCUAACCUUAGCUUUUUCAAAGCAAAAAUGAUGGUGGUACAUGUGAAUUUCAUUUUGCAAAUUAAAUACAGUUUGGGAACUGUUGUUUCAGUUGGUUCUUUAAAAUCUGCUGUACAAAGCUUGUAUUUUGUUCAUUUUAUAGAUGGAAACCAUCCUUGAAAAAAACCUGUUUGUUUAACUUAAGAAAAUAAAUACUUUAUAGAUAA